UCGCUCUGCAUUUAUCAAAACAUACGUGCGAAUCGCUGCAAACUGGACGGAAACGUAUUAAUUCUCAUGCUUUAUAUUUGCGAAUUUCAUGACAAUGUUGAUCACUAUUUGGUAGAAUUUUGCUCAGUGAAGUCCAUGACUGUUGGGAUUGAAGUUCUGCAGCGAAGUGUGUCCGUGUUGCUUGUGAAUUUCUCACUAUUGGCGCUCGAUAAAUAAACGAAAAAAAAAAUAUAUGAUGACCUCGGAAGCUGUGGAUUGGGAUGAUAAUAAUGCGUUCUGCGAGAAGAUCAUCAACGAGAUAUACGCUGUAUUCCUGCGGGAUCCUGAAUUAACUGGAUUCGAAGUCAUACCGAUGCCAUCCAAUACGAACAAAUCUCCGGUAAUCCACAUCGAGCACAACCUAGGACUGCAGUCGUGGUGCGUUAAGUAUAUCUACGAAUACGCCCAUCGACUGCUACUUCGACACAAAGCCGAAUGCUUUAAGCUUUCAGGAGGAGUGACACCGUCUUCGACGAGUAUCGUCGGUAAUACCUCCGGAGCAUUGCUGAUGUCCGGCACUGGAAACAAUGCGAUCAUCAAGUACCUGAACUGUGCCAUUUUGAUUAACCCGGAUGUGGCAACGUUUUGGAACCUACGCAGGCAGCUUUUCGCGAAGAAUCGGCUCGACAUUACCAAAGAGUUUCAAUUCUCAGCAGUAGUUCUGAGCAAAAAACCAAAGUCGAAUGAAGCGUUCGCGUACAGGCGGUGGCUGUAUUUGUUUCAAAGCUACGAUGCUAUCGAUUGGUCUUUCGAAAUUGGGCUAUGCGAAAAAUGUGCAGACAAAAGCACUACCAAUUACCAUGCCUGGUGCCAUCGCCAGUGGGUCAUCAUGAAGGCUCCGCAGCUACUGAAGUUUGAAGUUUACAAAACGGAAAAGUUUAUUCGAAAGCACAUCCACGACUACAGCUGCUUCAAUCACCGGCAGUUUGUCCUGGCGAAAAUGUACGAAUCGUCGUAUUUCGAUGAACACGAUGGAGAUGACUUUAACGAGCUCAUGCAAUACACUGGUUUUCUUGGAAACACAACUGUCGAAAAUACAGACGAAUUACUCCGAUGGCUCGUUCCGACUGCUAGUAGAGAAAAACUAAAUCAGUUAAAGCUACGAUCGUUCUUAUUUUGCCUUAAUUUAGCGGCCUACGAUUUGAGAUUUUGCGACGAAUUGCAGUCAGUAUAUGGCGAAUCGCAAGCUUUCGAAAACCAUCGACGUUUUAUGCUAAAAUUUAUUGUCGACCGUUGUCGUUGUGCGUUCAGCACUUUAGCAGUGGACAAAACAAACGGACACAUGUCUACGUGCAAUCAACCCAUGCAUAAAAUCACAAAAUUGGAUGAUCAGGACAGUGCUUUCAUCCGUGCUAUCGAAGCGAACGAAAAAAAUCGAACCACACCUCAACAUAAGCUGUGGUGCAGUUUGUUUCUAGGAUUUGAUUUCGAAUGAAGCAAAAAAGAUUAGUUGCUGGUUUCUUCUUAUUUUAUCUUUUAUGGUGCCUACCUUAACGGAGACCGUAGCACAUUGUUUUUAAAAGUUCCUAAUUCUUUAAGUAGCUGACAUGAACAAAUUUUACUCACUUUUAAUAAAAACAAAUAAUAGCCAUCUUGGUUUAGUUUGCUCUUCUUUCAAUAAGUUUGUUUGAAUCUUGAACAGUUUGCUAAAUUUAGUCUAUGAUAGGUUUUAUUAAAUUUUAUUUAUGUUUUUUUUUUAAAUAUUGUAGAAAUUAUUGGUUUUUUUUUGUAAACUACCGCUGAAAAUAAAUGCAAUGCUAGAAUGAAACAGUUCUCAAAAUUAGUUAUCAGACGCGGGGAAAUGACACAUUGCUUCGCUUUAAUUGAAUGUGACCAGUUCAGUAUGAAACCUCUGAAAAAGUCAUUAUAUUAAUGAUAGUUAUUUUUGCCAAAUGUUUGAUUAUUUUGAGUGUUAGAGCUGAAAGCAAUAAAUUUCAUAUUAACAUUAAAAA